AUGGACAAAAUCCGAGGCUACCUUAUCGGGCUUGUAGUCGUCUCUUUUGCCACCGGAGCUAUCGCUAUCUGCGAACCUGCCAUCGUCGGCCAACCUAACCAUAUCCCUCGCCAAAAUGCCGGUGUUCAGUCUUCCGCCCAUGCAGCUGAGGCCGAAUUCAUGCACGCCAUAGAGGCUGUCACCUAUGUAGACAAAAUUCCAGCCACUACUGCUCAAACCUUCAACGCAUGGAACUUGCACGUCUGCACUCAGCAGGCAAUCUAUGGCAUCCCGUUCGAUGAAUUCACCUUCUGUAUGUGCAAUCGGGAAUUCGUUCGUUGCAACCAAGUUUGCCAGGCCCAGUACGAAAAGGCCAUGCUUCACUGGCCGCCGCUAGAUGCUGAUUGGAAAACCUUGACAUCCUCUGGACCAACUCUAUGUAUCGGCAACUGCAACUCGGAAGCAAUCAUCAACCACCAAUAUAUUGCCAACUCCACGCAACAAGCCUCCUAA